AUGUCCUUUAACAACGCAUUUGAUAACGACUUGGAACGAGUAGCUACCAACACCUCCCACAAAUACAAGGAUUUCCCGGAAUUCGAAGCCUUAUCAGAUAGUAUCGAAAACCAGCUACAUCAUAUUGACCAUACUCUUCUUUCAUCAAUCCGCAAAGAUCUUCUUAAUCUCGAUCAAACGCCGGCUGAAGAAGAUCAACUUUUGGCUGAAAAAUUAAGCUCUUCAUUCAAGAAAUGUACCGAAUCGUAUCGUAAGUUGAAUGAAUUUGUCAAGCAAUUAAAUGAUGCAAUAAAACAAAUUGAGAGUGACCAUGGUGAUGUUGAAACUGUAUAUUACUUGAAACAGAAGGAAAGCUUACAAGUAAAGUUAGUUAGGGACAGUCUUGCGAAAUUCAAGAAUUACCAACAAAAAUUUGAAGUGAGGCAACAGAGUCAAUUGCCGAAUGAGGACCAAGGUGAUUCAAGAUUAGAGGAUUCAAAUGAGCAGGAAUUUGGAGAACAGCAACAACAACAACAGCAGCAGCAGGUGCAAAUAACAUAUGAGCCCGUAAAUGCCGAAGAAUUGGAACAACAAACACUAUUGAUACAAGAACGAGAACGUGAGAUUCAUCAGAUUCAUCAGGAUACGCAAGAAAUCAAUAAUAUCUUUUCAAACCUAUCAUCAAUAAUUAAUGAGCAACAAUUGCAAGUCGAUAGCAUAGAGAAUAAUAUUUUUGAUUAUAGUUCAAAUGCACGUCACGCUGCAAGUGAACUACGAAGUGCACAGAGAUAUCAAAGACGUUCUAGUGGUACAUUAUUUUGCUGUUUAAUGAUCCUUAUUGGCGUUGCCCUGUUCAUUAUUCUAAUCGGGUUGAUUUUUUAG